AUGUCCUCCCCUAACCACACCCUAGUGAUGGAUUUCAUUCUCCUGGGGCUCACAGACAACCCCACGCUGGAGAAGGUGCUGUUCGCGGUGUUCCUGCUGGUCUACCUGAUCACGCUGGCAGGAAAUCUGUGCAUGAUCCUGCUCAUCCGCACCACUCCCCACCUCCAGACCCCCAUGUACUUCUUCCUGGGCCACCUCUCCUUUGUGGACGUUUGCUACUCCUCCAACGUUACUCCGAACAUGCUGCACAACCUCCUCUCCGAUCAGAAGACCAUUUCCCUGGCAGGCUGCUUCACACAGUGCUUCUUCUUCAUCGCCCUGGUUAUUGCCGAGUUUUACAUGCUGGCGUGCAUGGCCCUGGAUCGCUAUGUGGCCAUUUGCAGCCCUCUGCACUACAGUAGCAGGAUGUCCAGGCGCGUCUGUGUCUCGCUGGUCAGCUUCCCUUACCUGUUCGGCUUCGUGAAUGGGCUGUCUCAGGCCCUGCUGACUUUCCACUUGUCCUUCUGUGGCUCCCUGGAAAUCAAUCACUUCUACUGCGCCGACCCUCCACUGUUAGUGUUGACCUGCUCUGAUGCCCGGGUCAAAGAGAUGGCGAUGUUCGUUGUUGCUGCCUUCACUCUGUCCAGCUCUCUCUUGGUUAUCCUUCUGUCCUACAUUUUCAUUGCUGCGGCCAUCCUGAAGAUUCGUUCUGCAGAAGGCAGGCGCAAAGCCUUUUCUACUUGUGGUUCCCACCUGACGACGGUCACCAUAUUUUAUGGAACGCUGUUCUGCAUGUACUUAAGACCUCCGUCUGAGAAGUCUGUGGAAGAGUCCAAAGUAAUUGCUGUGUUUUAUACUUUUUUGAGCCCAAUGCUGAAUCCAUUGAUCUACAGCUUAAGGAACAAGGAUGUGAUCCGUGCCAUGCAGCUCUUGGUCAGGGUAAACUUUUUUCAGAAAAUUACAGUUUAG